CAUAUUGGUUCAUCGUUCUUCCAUUCUCUUAGCCCUUUUCCAUUUUUGUUCUUCUGACCUUUACCUAGGGAUCUGGUCCGACCGACCAGGAGAAGAUCCACCACAAUUCCCGAGGAUUCAACUUUGAGUUCUCUACCCUUUUUCUAUUUUGUCUUUUUGUCUUGUCUUGUCUUUCUCUUGUCUUUUACUUCUUGGACCACUUUUCUUCACUUGGAGAUCUAACUACUUACUUUUUGUCACAUAAACCCUAUACUCUUCUCUGCUCAAUUUCGACUUUAUUCAGAUCUGUGCGCUUGGAUAAGGUCUGCAUGCUCCAUCUGUCAUAUAUACAUUUGAUUGCAAGAUCAUGAAUGCAUUUUCACAUGUACCUCCCGGAUUUCGAUUCCACCCAACUGAUGAAGAACUUGUAGAUUAUUACCUCAGGAAGAAAAUAACUUUAAGAAAGAUUGACCUUGAUGUUAUCAAAGAGGUGGACCUCUACAAGAUUGAACCAUGGGAUCUUCAAGAGUUGUGCAGAAUAGGGGCAGAAGAACAACAUGAGUGGUACUUCUUCAGCCACAAAGAUAAAAAAUAUCCAACUGGUACAAGAACCAAUAGAGCCACAGCAGCAGGAUUCUGGAAAGCAACAGGAAGAGACAAGGCUAUUUAUUCCAAACACGACUUGAUUGGCAUGAGGAAGACCUUGGUUUUCUACAAAGGAAGAGCUCCUCAUGGUCUAAAAUCUGACUGGAUUAUGCAUGAAUAUCGCCUUGAGACGGAUCCUAAUGGUGCCCCUCAGGAAGAAGGAUGGGUGGUAUGUAGAGUUUUCAAGAAGAAAAUGGUAAGCACGAGGAAAGAAAGUGAGGAGGAGUCACCAAAUUGGUACGAGAAUAAUGAUCCAGUUUCAUUCAUGCCAGACAAUAUUGACUCCCCAAAGCAACAACAUUGUCAGUCUAAUUACCCUUGCAAGAAGGAAUUACUUGAUAUGCACUACCAAAUCCCAGUCACACCAUCUCAUCAUCAACAAUUUCUUCAGCUUCCUCUUUUAGAAAAUCCUAAGUUUCUUCCAGCACCUCCAUCCACCUCAAUUUCAGUGUUCGGCAUUAACGUUAACAAUAAUAGUCACGGUAGCUCUAGUUUGCAGCAGUCUGUCUCCGUUCUCACACGAGAAAAUGUUCAUAUGUAUCCUCAUCCCGACAAUAGUACUAAUGAACAAGUGACCGAUUGGCGAGUGCUCCACAAAUUUGUAGCUUCUCAACUUAGUCAAGAGGAGGUCUCCAAGGAAAAUGUUUACUCAAACACCUUGCAUGGUGCUACCAAUGACUCGAAUUUGGUGGUUCGAGAUUUGAACAAACAAGAAACAGUCACAGAGAAUAACUCCACGGCAUCCUCCUGUUCUGAGAUUGACCUGUGGAAGUGAAGUGAAAUUCCUUGUAAACAAAGUAAAUACUGAUCAUAGCAAAGUACAGUUCUUUAAUUUGUACAUAAUAAUACUACUAAGAAAAACUAUAUGACCUAUAGUCUAUUCAGUUAAGAGGAUGAAUUAACUGCUUAAUGAUGGAAGCAUAGGUGAAUUAUGCAGCAAAUUUUAGCUGCUUGAGUUGUAAUUGAAGCAUUUUCAUUAUGUCAGGCAGGGCCAUCGAUGUUAUGAUAUGAUAGCUACUACUGCUUUUGUUAUGUAAACCAGUGGAUAUUUCAAAUGUGUUUAAUCUGUUACAUUA